CAGAUUCAUCGUCUCUCGCUGUUACCGUCUCCGAGCCCUCCCGGGCUGCCGCAAGCAGACUCGGGCCUACAGGGUCUCCCACCUGGCCUCGGUCUGCGCCAGGAUUUGGCGAUUGUGUAUCUGGGCAAUCAGCGCUGGCAACUGGUGGUGAUGCCACGCGAUCUGGAGCCGCCGCCGUUGCCGGCCGGCCAUGCCGUCACGUCUUCCGCUGUCGGCUUGGGCUUGACGAGCCAAACGGCCGACGUCUCGGCGCCUCCGGUACCACCGGCGGCGUCGGUGGGCGCCGGCGGACAACCGCUGGUUGCCGACGCCUGGUACAGUCAACUGAGGCACAUUUGCGACGGGUUGGCGCAACAUUUGGCGGCUGCAAUCGGUCUGCCGAGCGUCGGUCAGGCGUCUGGCGAUGCCGGCGCCGUCGCGGCGGCUAGCCCCAGCACUUGUGUCCCGCCCGGGUUGCAGAACUCGGCUUGCUCAGCCUCCUCUCUGGUCUCCGGCCUGUGUGGUACCGUCUGGCGACCGCUGACGCUCCCGGAGCCGGCCACUGGCGCCAGGCAGGAGGCAAACUGCAUCUCGUCGCCGGGCCAACAUGUCGCCGCGUCAGCUCUGACCUCGACUGGUCUGCAGAUUGCACAAAGUCGUCUUUGUACCAACGCCUCGUUCGCCUGCACUCCUCUCCUUCCCACCGACGUGUUCGGCAGUCGCAAUCAGCCGGGUUAG